CAGAAUUACGAUUUCCCUAACAAUUGCGAAGACUAUAUCCAUCGUAUCGGACGAACUGGACGUGCUGGCAUGAAAGGAACAUCUUACACCUACUUCACGACCGAUAAUGCCAAGCAAGCUCGCGAACUGGUUGCUAUCCUGAAGGAAGCUAAAGCCACUGUACCUCCUCAACUCGAAGAGAUGACCAUGUUCGGUGGUGGUGGAGGUGGAGGUCGUGGUGGCCGAGGUGGAGGUGGCUAUCGCGGUGGAGGAGGUGGUGGUGGGCGCUGGGGUGGAGGUGGAGGUGGAGAUAGCGGAUAUGGUGGUCGUAAUGAUCGCUGGUGA